AAUCUCGACAUCUUGAAUUUGCAGGAUGUUCAGCUUGUCGAAGCUUACGAUGUCAUUAUUCAUCUGGCGGCAGAACUGGACAAAUCGCCCGAUUCCGCCGAACACGUUUUUUUAACCAACGUCGAAGGCACGGUCAAUCUUUUGCGUGCGAUGCGCGAAAAUACGGUUUUUAUUUACGCUUCGACAAAAGACGUUUACGGG